CAGGUAUUCUUCUUUCUAGCUAAGCAACACAAUGGAAAACACGUUGAAAACAAAUAAAAAGGAUUUUCAAGACAGACCGCCAAAAGAAGUCAAAUUGCCUAUCGGUGAAGCACUUCUCGACUAUCACUGUCAAAUAAAGGAAAAUGCAGUGGAACGAUUCAUGGCUCAAAUAAAGAAAAUGAGAGAAAAGAACCAAAAGUAUCAUGAAAGAAAUAAACGCUUAAAGGAUGAACAGAUUUGGCACAUAAGGAACCUACUAAAGGACCUGAGUGAGGAGAAGUCAAAGGGAUUAGCAGUUGUAACAAGAGAGGAAGUUGAAGAAGCAAUGAAGGAAAAAUGGAAGUUUGUAAGAGACCAGGAGCAAAACUUGAAAGAUAUGCGCAUCCAAAUAAAUAACGCUGAGAAACUAUUUCUUGAGAAACUCAGUGAGAAAGAAUAUUGGGAGGAGUACAAGAAUGUAGGGAGUGAACAACAUGCUAAACUCAUUACCUCCUUACAGAAUGACAUCAACAGAGUUAAAGAGAAUGCUGAGAAAAUGUCAGAACAGUAUAAAAUCACCCUGGAAGAUGAUAGAAAGAGAAUAAUCAGAGAAACUUUGUUGCAACUGAACCAAAAGAAGGAAUGGGCCACAGAGAAUGCUAUAAGGUUCAUUGACAAGGGCAGCUAUCGAGAGAUCUGGGAGAAUGACUGGCUCAAAAAAGAGAUCGCAAAUCACAGGAAGGAAGUGGAAGAACUGGAACAUGCUAUUCAUGAGCUGGAAGGAGAAAAUUUGGUGCUUAUUGAUCAGCUGUUCAACUGCAGACUUGUGGAUCUCAAAAUACCCAGGCGACUAUAUCUUGCUCAAGCUGUUGGACAGGAAGUGCCACAGGAAGAAAUGCCUUUGGAGUUGCCAAAAACAUAUAUAGAAAAGUCACAAUUGCAACCUGCAGAAGUAAAAAGUAGAGACUUGUUGAGCUUAUCACUUGGGAGCAGUGCUUUACAUCUUAGUCAUGAGGAUAGCAGCAGAUACAGCCAGCAUCUGAAGAUAGAUGAAGAGAGUUCAAGUAUAGAGUUUGGAGCCUCUGAUAUGAAAUACUUACUGUAUGAGGAUGAGCGGGAUUUCAAGGAUUAUGUAAACUUGGGCCCCCUGGAAGUGAAGCUCAUGACUGUGGAGAGCAAGAAAAUGCCCAUCCAUUUCCAAGAGGAGACUCCAGUCAAAUUCUAUGACGAUGUCAGGAGCCCGGAAAGCCACAUCACAUAUAAAAUGAUGAAGUCUUUUCUCUAAGACUGAAAUCUGCAAAGUAAA